UUUUUAGAUCUGCUGCGGCUGUGGUGCGUGCGCGUGUGUUUUGUGCCUCUUCCGAUUCUCUUUCUCUCUCUACAACUCUCUCUCUACACUAUCACUUCAUCACCACCAUCAUCAUCAUUCUCUUGAUCUUCUUCUCAUUCUUGCAUGUUUGAUCUUUCAUUCUGAUUUAUCCAAUCUUGUUUCUGUGAUCAGAAUCAAAAUCAGAAUCGAAAAUGGUGGUUGAUCACAGUGAUAAGGUAUCAGAAGGUGAAGAUUCAAACCCUAACGCCGCCGUUUCAUCAGAUAACAGCAAUCCAAAGAAAACAUGUGCUGAUUGCGGUACUUCCAAAACUCCUCUAUGGCGUGGUGGUCCUGCUGGUCCAAAGUCACUGUGCAAUGCUUGCGGGAUCAGGAGCAGGAAGAAAAAGAGAGCAAUAUUAGGGAUAAGCAAAGGAAACAACGAAGAAGGAACAAGAAAGGGGAAAAAGAGUAACAGUGGCGGCGGCGGCGGCGGAAGCAAAGUUGGUGAUAAUUUGAACAUGAAGCAGAGAUUAUUGAAUUUAGGGAAAGAAGUGUUUAUGAAUCGAUCGCAUUGGAAGAAAUUGGGAGAAGAUGAACAAGCUGCUGUGUUGUUGAUGUCUCUUUCUUAUGGAUCUGUUUAUGCCUAAAUUAAAAACCCUAAUAAAUUAUUAUUGUCUUCUAUUUUAGAAUUUACUAGAUUAUUGUUUUAGGAUCCAAAUCUAAAUCCAAAUCAGUAUGAAUGAGCCUAACCUUUUCAUAAGUGUAAAUUUUUAUUUUCUGCUACUGAUUAUUGUUGCUGCGAGUGUGUUGUUAUCAACCGUUGUAAGAAAUCAAUGAAUGAGAUGUUCAAUUUUGGUUCUA